CGGGACCCGCCGCCGCCCCCCCUGAGCCUGACGGACAGCAGCUCGGAGGGCUCGGACUGCAGCGCCUCGGAGGAGACCAAGCUGCUCUCGCUGGAGCUGGGGCUCAGCGGCAGCGACCCCGAGUCCCCGGGCAGCACCUCGGCUCUGCCUGCCGGCCAGGGCAUCUCACCGCUGCCCGACGAGCCCUCUGCCGCCUCCAUGGCCAGCAGCCGCCUGCAGCUCAGCACUUCGCUGGCCUUCUCCGACCUCACCGAGGAGCUGCUGGACGCGGGGCAGGAGGGCCUGGCGCGGGAGCUGGAGGAGCUGCGCUCCGAGAACGACUAUCUCAAGGAUGAGAUCGAGGAGCUGCGUGCAGAGAUGCUGGAGAUGAGAGAUGUCUACAUGGAGGAGGAUGUCUACCAGCUGCAAGAGCUUCGGCAGCAACUGGACCAGGCCAGCAAGACCUGUCGCAUCCUGCAGUACCGGCUGCGCAAAGCGGAGCGCCGCAGCCUGCGCGUGGCACAGACUGGGCAGGUGGACGGCGAACUCAUCCACAGCCUGGAGCAAGACGUCAAGGUGGCCAAGGACGUCUCUGUGCGGCUCCACAACGAGCUGGAGGUGGUGGAGAAGAAGAGGAUCAAGCUGGAGGAGGAAAAUGAAGACCUGCGCCAGAGGCUGAUCGAGACAGAGCUGGCCAAGCAGGUGCUGCAGAAUGAGAUGGACAAACUGCGUGAGAAUUCGUUGAAGAAAAGGGGAUCUCGUUCUGUGGGGAAGACUGAAAAGAAGCCUUCAAUCCAGGAGGACAGCGCAGACCUAAAGUGUCAACUGCAUUUUGCAAAAGAAGAGUCAGCUCUGAUGUGCAAGAAACUAACGAAGUUAGCCAAGGAGAAUGACAGCAUGAAGGAGGAGCUGGUGAAAUACCGCUCCUUGUACGGGGACUUGGAGAGCUCUCUGUCCAUAGAGGAGCUGGUGGACUCCCCUCAUUCGCGAGAGGCAGAACUGAAGGCCCAUCUGAAGCUCGUUGAGGAAGAAGCCAACAUCCUGAGUCGGAGGAUCGUGGAGCUCGAGGUUGAAAACCGUGGGCUGAGGGCAGAGAUGGAUGACAUGAAGGGACAAGGUGACAGAGAGCUGAUGGGGCAGGACAUUCGGUUUGCUUUCUCCUCCACCAGCUGUGGGGACUCUGGGGAGAGCCAGGUGGAGCUGAGGCGACACCUGCAGUUCGUGGAAGAGGAGGCAGAGCUACUGAGGAGGUCGCUGAUGGAGCUGGAAGACCAAAACAAGCUCCUCAUGAAUGAGCUGAACAAGUACAAGUCGGACCACGACCUGGACAUUACCCUGUCGGAGGACAGCUGCUCGGUGAUCAGCGAGCCAUCUCAAGAGGAGCUGGCCACCGCCAAGGUGCAGAUCAGCGAGCUCAGCGGCAAGGUGAAGAAGCUGCAGUAUGAGAACCGCGUGCUGCUCUCUAACCUUCAGCGUUGCGACCUGGCCUCCUGCCAGACCACAAGGCCGAUGAUGGAGACUGACGCUGAGGCUGGCGAUUCUGCGGACUGCAUCCCCACCCCUCUCUGGAGAGAGGUGCCCGUUGGAGGAGAGAAUGAUGCCAGGGAUCGCCUUGAGAGAGGGCCCAACAAUGGCAACGGGAAGUCUCAGGACAGCAGCCCCACCCGGCUGUUCAAAUCCAAGGACUUGGAGACUCUGCUCGGCAUCCGGGACCAGGCCGCACUUGUUAGCAGAGCCAUCGAUGUCUUGAUUUCGGACUCCAAUGGCUUCACCUCCAGCCUGAAGGUGUGUCUGGACAAUGACUGCAUGGAUCUGGUGCUGAGUGAGCCGGUGGAUAACAAUAGUGAAAGCACCAGUGACUCCAAGCUGAUCAACAUGAUCUUCGUGAGGCUCCGCGUCCUGCAGCAGGAGCUGAGCUCCUUCAUGAGGAAGGUGGAUCACAUUGGGGACUGGUGGAAAGAGCAGAUGGAUCCUUUCUCCUUCCUGCCCAGCUGCGGCUCUCAGGACUCUCCCAAAGGAGCACUGCGCAAAGAGCACAGCUCCGACUUCCAGCAGCCAGACUUUAGGGACGGCCUGGACUGGGAUGCCGCGGGGAGCCGACCGCCUGACCUGUACCUCAGCAACAACACCAUGGACGUGGACUCCAAUGUGAAACUCCCCAGGAACUACAAGCCCUACCGACCUGACGAGAACGACUCCUAUGUCACCGAGAUCAAGGAGCUGCAGCUGGUGCUGGCUGAAGCCAACGACAGCCUGCAGGGCCUGCAGGAGCAGCUCGCCCAGGAGAGGCAGCUGAGGAAGGAGGAGCUGGAGAACUUCUCCCAGAAGAUCUGCCAGCUGCGAGAAGACCAGCAGAAGGCUCUCCUGAGGCGCGAGUUUGAGCUGCAGAGCCUGAGCCUCCAGAGACGGCUGGAGCAGAAGUUCUGGAGCCAGGAGAAGAACCUCCUGGUGCAGGAAUCUCAGCAGUUCAAACAGAAUUUCUUGCUUCUCUUCAUGAAGCUCAAGUGGUUUCUCAAACGCUGGAGACAAGGGAAGAUCCUUCACAGUGAGGGCGAUGGCUUCUUGGAGGUGAACAGCAUGAAAGAGCUGUACUUGCUGAUCGAGGAGGAGGAGCUCACCCCACAGCAGCAGGCCGAUAACAAGACGUGUGCCGGAGACACCUGGACCCAGAACACGCCCAAUGAGUACAUCAAGACCCUAGCAGACAUGAAGGUGAUCCUGAAGGAGCUGUGCACGGAGCUGCACGAGGAGAGGCAGGGCAUGAAUGAGCUGCAGCAGCAAUUUGCCAAGGCCAAGGCUGCCUGGGAGGUAGAGCAGACUGAGCUCAAGUGCCACAUCACCCAGCUGGAGUCAAAGGUUGGGAAAGGGGUCCCAGAACGAGCCCCAUCGGACUGGAAAGUGGCUCUGAAGAGGGAGCGAGAGGAACACCAGCACCUCCUGGCCGAGUCCUACAGCGCGGUCAUGGACCUCACCAAGCAGCUGCAGAUCAGUGAGAAAAACUGGAACCAGGAGAAACUGGAGCUGCUAGACAGGUUCAAGGACGAGCAGCAGCAGGCAGAGCAGCAAGUGAAAGAACUGCAGAACAAAAUCAACCAGCUGCAGAAGGGAGCCGACCGGUGGGCCGUGGAGAAGCAAGGCAGCAACUGGAAAGAGACGCUCAACGAAAAGAUCACCGACAAAGAGACCGUUUCUGAAACAGACCCCAAGGGAGCCAGUUUAAAAAGGACGAAGUCCGUUUCCUCGAUGUCCGAGUUUGAAAGCUUGCUCGACUGUUCUCCCUACCUUCCAGGCAAAACCAGCCCUGUGAUUGCUGACCACGGACGAGGCAAGGUGUCCCCAGCCACACAGCUACUGCCUAAUGGCAUAACAGACCCUGCAGGAGUCCACCCCAAAAACUGUACAUAUGUGACUACAGAGCAACCUGCCCCUGAGAGCCUGGCAAAAGAGAAGCUGGACAUUUCCUCAUGGGAUUAUUCCCGGGCAAGCAAACUCUCUGGGCAGGAACCGGCCCAGAAGCAAAUGCAGAGGAGCUACACGGCGCCAGACAAGACGGGGAUCCGCAUCUAUUACAGCCCUCCGGUGGUGCGAAGACUGGAGGCGCCGCUAAUCCACAACAAGGAGGGGAAGAUCAUGACUGAGCCAGGCUUCCUGUUCACAAUGGCCAAGCCGACAGAGCUGGAGGAAUCCGACCGCUCGGAGAACACGUACAGCAGGUGGCUGUGCAACUUCUCCAAGCAGCACCGCGAGCUGCUGGACAGCCGUAGUGCUGACAAGGCUGGGCCCUCUGGCCCCAGGUUCCCAGCCUCCCUGCACGAUUUUGAGAUUUCCGGCAACAUGAGUGAUGACAUGAAAGAGAUCACCAACUGCGUGCGGCAGGCCAUCCGCUCCAGCUCACUGGAGAGGAAGGUGAAGAGCACCUCCAGUCAGACCACGGGACUGACAACCAUCGGGACCCAGACCAUUCAGAUGGUGAGCAUUGGCCUGCAGACAGACACGCCCCGGGGAAACCUCCACAGCAAGAGCUGGUCCCCACGCAGCUCCUCCUUGAUGUCUGUGCGUAGCAAACAAAUUUCUUCGUCUCUGGACAAAGUCCACUCCAGGAUCGAACGGCCCUGUUGUUCUCCCAAGUAUGGCUCCCCGAAGCUCCAGAGACGGUCUUCCUCCAAGCUCGACAAUUCAAAGGACAGAAGCCUGUGGAACCUUCAUCAGAGUAAGCAAAAUGGGUCAGCCUGGGCUAGGUCGACCACAACCAGAGACAGCCCGGUCCUCAGUAACAUCAACGAUGGCCUGUCCAGCUUGUUCAAUGUUGUGGAACAUUCUGGGAGUACAGAGUCCAUCUGGAAACCAGGGUGUCCGGAGACCAAAGCCAAGCCAGAAGCCCCGAAAUAUGGCAUCGUGCAAGAAUUCUUCAGGAACGUGUGUGGGAGGGCUCAGAGCCCCACUUCUGCCCCGGAGAAGAAAGAAUCACCGGGAGAUGAUAGCACCAAAAAGCAGGAUCACUCCCAGCCGCCCACCUGCCAUCCAUCUGAAAAUGUCUCCCGGAGCUUAAACAAGAAACUCCCGAAGCAAAGCAGCAGCGAGGAGCCCAAGGUGUCUUCCCCAAACCAGGGGAGCAAAGAUGGGACCCCAAGGGACCUGGACAUCACAUCUGUGACAGCCAAUGAGGACACAGCAUGCGACUGCAGCUCCCAGUCCCUCACCUCCUGCUUCGCCCGGCCCUCCCGCUCAGCUGUGCGGCACUCCCCUUCCAAGUGCAAGCUGCAUCCCUCUGACCCCAGCCGGGCGGAGGAGAAGGCAGGGCCUCUGAGUGAGUGAGUGAGGGCAGCGGGGACUGGGCUAAGCCGUGUCUGCUUUCUGCGGUCCUGACGAAAGAGCACGCUUCCUGCCUGUGCCAGCUCCACCGCAGCCUGCGUGACCUGCCAGCCCCGAGAGAGCUGUGCUGGGUCUCAGUGGGCCCCUCGCUCUCGCAGAGACACAGGCGCAUGCACAUCUGUCUCCUAACUGUUCCCCAGCUGAUGGGGGCGCUUAAGAAGCAGAUGCUGCAGGAUAGUUGGGAACGGAGGCUUCCAGCAUUAUGCCUGGACCUGGUUCCAGGGACGGAGGGGAAGUUACUCGGGGCGGGUGUCUCCUGACCCCCAGGAAGUAGCCUGCCAACCUCACUGCUCCUGCAAGGGAAGGAUGAUUCCAGGAGAGAGGAAGGUGUCCCCAGAGCCUGGGGUGGGGAGCUCUGUGCAAUUUCCAUAGCCCUUCCAGGCUCCUCAGAGACCUGCACUUCAGGGAGACGGACCGUUCCCAGGCAGCCGGUAGGAGGUGGGGGGAAUGAAGAGAUGGACCCUGCCUGCCCUGGGAUGUGGGAACUGGGAACCACCACCCUGCAGUAGCCUCUAGAAAGCUGGCAAAACCAAGGUCCUGAGCCUGGGAUUCCUUGGGGCAGUGCUGCUGACAAGCGCCCUGGAGAGGAAUCAGCAGCAGGAGCGCAGAGAGCAGCUGGGUCAGCGCUCAGAGGAAAUGCCACAGGCAUACUGUCACUGCACUUCACAGCCAGGGCUGUGGGCCCGGGGUGCACCCUGGGGGGCAUGCUGUAUAAAGCUGAUUGAUGUGUGUGAGGCUCUUUCACUGUGUCCCCUCCCUUGUCAUGUUGUCUUCUAGUGGCACUGGCACGCCCCUUCACUGAUACGGCCCCUCUCCCCUGCCGCUGGGGGCUUUGUGCACACCCAGCCCAGGGUGGAUUGCCCUGCUGUUGCAUCAGCUGCUGCCGUGCUCAGCUCGCCUGCUGUGCUGGAAGGAUGCCGAGGGGAGGAUCCUGGGGGCAGGCACAGGGCACGUUCAGGCCCUUCUCACCCAAACGAUGUUUAAUUCCCCACCCCAGCACCAGAGUGGCCAGUGCAGGAGGCUGAAACAAGCUGCCCCCUUGGAAUGCUUACUGAGCUAGCGUGCUGGCUGAGUGGCUGCGGGGCUCCCUUUGUCUCUGGCUCGCCUAGCUGGAUCCUGGCUCACAGAAGCUGUGCAGCCGCCUGGCCUCUGAAAGCCUGAUCUCAGGAGGCAAAGCCAAAAGGCAGAUGGGAACAGGAGAAAAUGCAAUGGGGAGUGGGUAGACUGCAGUAGAGAGGGGACCUAGCAGCCUUGCAGAGCCUAGGCUAGUAGAAAGUACAGCGUGCAUUCUCCCUUCUCCAGGGGGCUGUGCAGGAGCAGAGAGAGAGAGAGAGUGUGUGUGUGUGAAUGAAUGUUUGUGUGUUCUCCCUUCCCCUCCCCUCCGGAGCAUUAGGCCAAGAGCAUUGAAACCCUGGGGACAAGAUGAGACAGGCCUGUGUUCCCCUGCAGCUGGGUCUGAGCAAGGUUCUAGCCAAGGUGGCAGCAUUUGCCUAGGUUGUGUCCCACCCAGUGUCUGGCAGUCUGGUUGGACAUGGAGGGACGUCUGGGUCUCCUGGUUCUCACUAUUUAAGGUAUUUGUUCAUGGUUUAUGAUACAAUUCGCAGAGGUCCCCUCAGGGUUGUUUGUUUGUGUGUUUGGCCUGAUGGCCUGGAGCUUGCUGUGGUUGUGUCUGACUGUGCCAGUCGUGGGAGAUCAAAUGGGGCGAUGUCGGUUGGAGGUCGGGGUGUGUGUGUGUGUGUGUCGGUCGGAGGAGGCGGAGGGCAGCAGGGCCACAGCUGGCAUUCAAUCUGAUGUUCCCCAACCAUUACCUGGAGCCUGGCUCUGACUCAGGGGCCAAACAGCUCUAAGACCCCUGCUUCUGCUCAGGAGCUCAUGCCUGGCCCUUCAAGGACCCCUGCACUCACUUCUUCCUAGCCCUUUCUGCUCCCUUCCUUGGUGUAGGUGCUGCAUUCUGGCUCGUGUCCUCCGUAGGGACGGGGUUUCCUCCGCACAUGCACUGCUGCCUCCAAGGCCAAGCAUUUGUGCCUUAGCACUGGUUAGCCACCACAGUAACAAGAGUGGUGCAAGUACCUGGGCCAAGGUAAUCCCUGGUGUAGAGAGUCAGGGCUGCCUUUGUCCCAGUGUGAUUCUCACCCGAGGCUUAGCACCCAACUUGCUAUGGUUGCCCAGCACUAAAAGUUCCAGGACUUAGUGAGCUGUGACAGGGAACAGACUCCAUAAUAUCACUGAUACCACUGAGCUAUUUGCCCUUCCUUUGGCCCUUGUGCACUAGAGGAAGGGGGGCAUUUGGACUUUGUAUUAAAGGUGCAGAAACAGCCUCCAAACUCCUAUUCCAGGCAGCUUUAUGUGGCACCAGGCUGGCCUGGUGAUGGCCUGGAGAGCUCUCAGACCAAGCCCUAUUAAUGAGCUCUAAUUAAAUAUCCCUGAACCUCUGGGGAUUAUAGCAGCAGGUGCUGGGCCAGGGCCAGGGCCAGGCUCACUUAGCAUCAAAGGCAAGGUUGCUGUGGCUUUCAUCAGCUUUGCAGCAGGUUCUGGGAAGGAAGGAAGAUUCAGCAGAGCAGAAUCUGCCAGGCUGGGCUGUGCAGUUUGUGCUGGCAAUGCAGGCCACAGCUCGCGGGCAAAACCCAGAGCAGACUGCAGCAGCCAUCGGCUUGACUAGGCUGUGCUGCCCAGGGAGUCUGCAGCUCCCAGCAUGCCCCGCUCCAACUGGAGCUGAGCAGUGACUCUGGGGGUCUUGGGCUUCCCUGUUGUACUAAAGGCUAGGGCAGCUUGGGGUCACAGUGCAUAGACCUGCAUGGCAGCUCUUUGGCCUCCCUCUGCUAAAGCUUCCCAGCCAGUAACAUAUGACUCCCACUUUGCCCAGAGCUGAGUGAAGGGCCCGGGGAUCAGAGCAUGUUCCCUGAGCCCCCUUCAGACACAGCGUUUACUGAACCCUUCUGUGUCUUCUCCCGUACUGAGCGGCUGCUCCACCCAUGGAGGCAGGGUGGCAGGCAGGGCAGCUCUACGCAGCCGUUCCCCUGCUCUCUGCUGCCAGGCACCUGUCAGCAGUGAGGGUGAUUAACUGCUGGAGCAGGCACCAGGGCUGGGGGGGAUUUGCCAUCUCUGGCCAUUAGUAAACUGAGAGGACUGUGGUUUUUUUCCCCAAGAACUCUAGUUCUAACUGGAAUUAAUGCAGGGAAGAGCUCUUGCCUGUGGUAGGUAGGAGGCCAGUCUAGAUGGUCACAACAGUCCCCUCAGGCCUCAGAAUCUUAAACAUCCCAGCACCUCCCAAGAAACACUUCAAGCUGUUUGCUCUAUCAGUGCAGGAGGCUGCAGCUCUGCCAUGGAGUGAGCGAGGCAAAGCAAUUGAAGGCCUGUAACCCACCUUCUCGUGCUGCAUUUAAUACUGCAAUUAAAUCCAUCCCCAGGCGUCUAAGCCUUGGUCUGCACCUAAUUCUGUCAGCAUCUGCACUAGAAUGUAGCUCCCUCCAAUGUAACUCACCUGCUGUGCUGACAAUAACUCCACUCCACGAGAGGUAGAGCACUUAGGUCGCUGAGUUGCUGAGAUCCUGUGUUGCUGCCUUUCAGAAGCUGUCCCACAAUGCCCUACACUGACAGUUAAAUUGGUGCAAGCACUCCUGGCGCCAGCGCAUGUCCUCAUCACAAGGAGCACAGUGUGGACGUGCAAAGGUGGUUUAAUUACUGCUGUGGCUGGACAUCACAACUCCAACUGUGUCUGCACUGCACUGAUGGAGCUGUGCUGCUGUAGCGCUUCUGGUGAAGACACACUAAGCUGACAGGAGCGAGCUCUCCAGCGGCUUAACUCCUGCCUCCGCGAGCGGCAGUGGUUGUGUUGGCGGGAGGAGCUUUCCUGCCAACGUAGCGCUGUCCACACCACCACGUAGGUCAGUGUAACUUACAUCACUGGGAGUGUGGAUUAUUCACACAGCUGAGUGCCGUUUAUACUGAAGCAAUUUGUAGUGUAGACACCCAAUGGUCAACUUCAUUUUGUAGCAGAGCCUUGCCCUGUCGCGUGUCUCUUGUUACUUCAGAGUAUGUGCAGGUUGCGUCAGGGCAGGGAAUGCUCAAUGAGACAUGGGGGGCUGUCCCUCGGGUGCUCUGGGACACGUGACCUGCCACAGCAAAGCUCAGGGUCAGCUUGAUCUUGGUGCUUGGAAACCACUUCCCCAGUUCGGGAGCGGGUGAGGGUGUUUACAGCCAGCACAAACUGUCUGACCCCUUCUUCCCAGGGCUGUUAGUUACGCUUCAGCAAGCCUCACACUGUGCUCUGCUCACAUCUCCUAGCAGUUAGACAGGCUGAGUUAGAAUUCCCCUCCGGGGAGGCUCCUCUGAUAUUCAGACUUGGCCAUACAGCUCACCUCAGAGCAAGCCAGCAGUGUGGAGCAGGCUGGGCCUGGCCCCGCAGCAGGAAGGGGGUCAGUUAACGGCUGUGGGAGCAUGCCCUUCUUCUGUCUUUCAGCAUUUGCUGCUUCUGACUGCCACCAACAACCUCUGGAGGCGGGAGACCUUUUUCCUGCCUGUGUUUCCAGCCCUCCCCAAGCCCAGAUGUGCUGGAAGUGGUGUGAGAAAAGCUGACCUCAUCAGACAUGGAUUCCAGCUGCUCUGCUAUGCUGGUCCCCGGGCCUUGGGAAGGUCCUCCCACCCCUUGCUGUGCAUCAGCAUCAGCCUCCACUGCAGCCCUGUGCUCGCUGUAAACUCCGUUUCUAGCCCAUUUUAUCAUCAUGGCUCCUGGUGCAUUUUGAUUGCCUUCCCUCCCCAGGGUCACUGAGAAUAUUACAAGGGGAGAGUGUGUGAGUGUGUGUACACACGUGCGGAGUGGGGAGUUUUAAUUAAUUCAGCCUGCAACUGGGAAAUCAUUUCUUCAACUCACUGCCCUGCCCAGUACUUGUAUCAGAGAGUCGUAUCUGACAGCAUUUUGCUUCAGUAUUUAAAAAACAAUACAGGCCCCAGAGCUACCCCUAAGCCCUGUUGUAUACCUGAGCAGAUAUGUGUUGUCCAGGGAGCCCUGGCCUUCUCGCUAACAGCACCUGCUGAAUCUAUUACUCGGUUUUACUGACUCAGCUGGGACACCUCAGCUCCUUGGGGGGCUGUUUUAUUUGCUCAUUACAAGUGUCUUGCAAAUGUCCCUUCCUUUUGGUUUGACCUGUUCUGAUAUGCUGCAGGCCCGGGUGGAGCACAUGGCAGGGUCAGUUUAAAUCAGCACGAACUUUAGAGCUGAAGGAAUUUUUAAAAAUAAUGAAAUUAGCUAAAGUGGGAGGAUAGCAGAUGAGUUAAAAAUACCAAUUGGAUUACGGGCUUGCAAGUCGUGCAGUCCUGCCCAGGAACAGAACUGCUGUUUGGCUGGGAAUGGAGUCUCGGGGGAGGGGAGGAAGUGCCAACAAGCCACCCUGUUAAUAAAGAGACAGUGUUUAUCAGCUUGGAGCCCUGGAAGGCAUCAGCACUUUAUUGUGAAGCCUUGGUGCCCAAUGCCAGCAGAUUUCUGAAGCUAAAAAUAAAUGCCCGUUGCAUUAGGUGCUAAUGAAGUCCAAUUACCAGCCUGCUGCUCUUUGCACUGCUUUGGGAGAGAGUACAAACAUCCUCCCCAUAGAGGAUUAUGACAGCUAGUGUGGAGAGCACCUGGGCUUGCAGAAGAGCAGGGGCUAGGUAUGUGAGAUGCCAGCCAAACCCAUGGAGAGGAUUCCAGCCAGAAGAUGCAUCCACGCAGAUGUGUAACAGCCGCGCAGCCAGGGAUGAAUCCACCCCUGGGGAUGAGGAGAAACUUGUGCAUUGAUCCCUUUAACAAAGAGGCCGUGCAAAUGAAGCUGGUGCCCCUCCUGUGUGAGGCCAUGCUCUGCGCUCCUGCAGGGUGUAUGCCAGUACCACAGCCAAACCUUGUUCUCUGUCAGCAGCCCCAGGCUACACUCUGUGCACCUUUGUUACAGGAGGGGAGUGCAGUGACCCAGCUGGUUCUGCACAAGUCACCUUACUCUGCCUGGUGACUAUGGGUGAGUCUUGUGUCCUUCCACUGGCAGAGCCAGAGAGGGUCUGGGCACGUCCUCACCUGAGAGGAGCAGGAGGCAGAACAGGCAGCUUAUUGUCCAAUCUUACCAGCACACAACGAGCUGUGGGAGCUUGGUGAUUAGUGCAGCUCUUGCUAGUUCUUGCAUGCAUUUGGCAGGCAUGGGAAUCUGUCCUGGCAGGGGGUUGGGGCAGUGUUGUUAAUUGGUCUAUAACACCCACUGUAAAUACUUCUGUUGGGGUGGGGUUUGCAUUUUCAUUGGUAUCUAGAGUUUUUUUAAAUAAUCUACUUUUUGGAAUGUGGUUUCUCGUUUUUACAAAUGCCUUUUUAAUUAUUUGUGAUACUCGUCGUGUCUGUCCUGUUUUGUAAAUAGCAGCGCUGGGCAUUUCUGCCAUGGGGUGGAGGUGAUGCGCCAUGUGUGACCUAGUGUCUCUGUGGUUGGGAGGGAUGGCACUGGGCAUGUGCCCAGGGCCCUGUCUUGGCCACCUGAUGGCCCACCCCAAUGAACGUGCAAAGAAGCUGGACUUUGCUUCAGUAAAGUCAGUUGAAGGAUGCGGGGAGGUAGCAGAAAGAGCAACCCUGAGCCAUGGUGUGUGUAAUACGCAGCCUUUAAACUUGACACUGUCAUCUCCCUGCUUGGAAUUUGAAAGAGCAAAAUCUCAAUAUGAGCUGAGCCUCAGUUGGCUGCAGCCCCAGGUGCCGGCCAUUCUGAAAAUAGCAUACUUGAAAUUAAAGAUGAGCCAAUUUGGCUUCUUUAACUCCCAGCUGCCCAUUUGGUUCACCCAGCCAUGUCCUGUUUCCCAGUGUCUCCUGUGGGGAAGGAUCUGUGUACAGGGAGGUGCUGAUUUCAUGUCAUUCCCAUGCAUCUCACCGGAUUAGGCUUUCUCCCUGCGGGGCGGGGGCGGGGGGAGGAGAGGAAAGCUGCCCUUUGGGGACGGUUCCUCCUGCAGUCCUGCCACAUGACUGGUAAGCUAUUCCCAAGUAGAGCACUGUUCGUGUCACCUGCACCAUUGCAGCCUUUCCCUGCUCUUCCUCACUGCAGCGGUGGGGUUUGAAAAGCCAGCAGAGCUCUUUUCCAAGGCCUGUCCUGCCGCAAAGCUCACGCAUAGGGCAGGGCUGGGGGCUGUUACCGACUGUUUUCUUUGCUCCGGGCACUGUUUCCCUAGCAGUCUUUGGUGUCUGGGUCUGGGUUCCACAUGCUCACCCCUUCCUUUUGCAUGGCCCCAUGCUCACAUGAAGGGCAGUUUCACUGCCACUGAUGACGGGGCUUCUGCACUCAUUCCAUCCUCUGUCUGUACAAUUGUGUGUUGUGUGAUAGAAAAUAAAGGGCCUGCGAGCUCUGAAAUGAAA